AUGUUCCAGAAGGGGGAGGUGCAUAACAAACCAUCAGGAUUCUGGGGAAUGAUAAAGAGUGUUACCACUUCAGUACCAGGAAGUGAAAAUCUUACUCUUAUUCAACAGGAAGUGGAUGCUUGGAAGAACUAAGCAGGCAGUUCUUUGGAAGAACUAAGCAGGCAGCUUUUUCUGGAAACGGCUGAUCUCUAUGCUACCAAGGAGAGACUAGAAUACUCCAAAACUUUCAAGGGGAAAUAUUUUAAUUUUCUGGGUUACUUUUUCUCUAUUUACUGUGUUUGGAAAAUUUUCAUGGCAACCAUUAAUAUCGUUUUUGACCGAGUUGGGAAAACUGAUCCAGUCACAAGAGGCAUUGAGAUCACUGUGAAUUAUCUGGGGAUCCAAUUUGAUGUGAAGUUCCGGUCCCAGCACAUUUCCUUCAUUCUGAUUGGAAUAAUCAUUGUCAGGUCUAUUAGAGGAGUGCUGAUCACUCUUACCAAGUUCUUCUAUGCCAUAUCCAGCAGUAAGUCCUCCAAUGUCAUUGUCCUGCUAUUAGCACAGAUAAUGGGCAUGUACUUCGUCUCCUCUGUGCUGCUGAUCCGAGUGAGCAUGCCUCUGGAGUACCGCACCACAGGCACCGAAGUUCUCGGAGAGCUGCAGUUCAACUUCUGUCACCGUUGGUUUGAUGUCAUCUUCCUGGUCAGUGCUCUCUCCAGCAUACUCUUCCUCUAUUUGGCCCACAGACAGGCACCAGAGAAGCACAUGGCACCUUGAACUCAUGCCUCUUACAGACUGCUACAGGCCAGUGGUGUCAGAAUUUGGAUAUAAGAGGGGAAAAAUGGAGGGGACCGGGGCCUAACAUUUUUUUAAACUGACAAAAUGCUGUGGUAGCAUAUUCUACCUCCAGCUUACACCUUCCUCCUCAGAUGAUACUGUGAUCAUGAGUAGCAUCAGCUAGAAAUGAGAGAGAGAAUUAACUCAAGCUAGUACUCA